AUGUCAACGUUCCCUGACUAUUAUGAAAUUCUUGGAGUUUCCACAAAAGCUACAGAAGAGGAAAUUCGAGAAGCAUACAAAAAGAAAGCGUUAGAAUUUCAUCCAGAUAGAUAUGUACCUGGUACUCAAGAUUCAGCAAUAAAUCCUUCAAUUACUCAAGAAGAAGCCAAGAUUCAAUUUCAAAAAGUAGCUGACGCAUAUUAUGUACUUAGUGAUCCGACAAGAAGGCAACAAUAUGACAAUGCUAAAAGAAGACGACGACAAUCAGGUCCAUCAUGGCAAUUAAAUCAAACAGAUCCUAAUCAAUUAUUUGGUAGUGAAUUUGAGGAAUUAUUAAGACCCGAAAUUGAAAAUCCAAGUUGGUUUUAUGCUCCAUUUGGUGCAAUUUCUGGUGGAGUAUUAGGAUUUAUUUGUGGAAAUGUACCUGGAAUGGUAUUGGGAGCUUAUGCUGGAAAUAAAUUAGGUGCUGUUAGAGACGCAAAAGUUUAUGAAGCUUAUUCGAAACUUCCUAAUAAUCACAAAGCGGCCAUAUUGGCUGCAGUUGCAGCUAAAUUAGUAACAGGUGGUAGAAUUUAA